AUGAAAACCAUCUGGUACGUCGCCCACGCCUCCAUACGUCGCCCACACUUCCUUACGUCGCCCACGCUUCACCUCGACUCUCCCUUCCAUUCGCCGCCCUCCCUUCCGCCCAUCCCCCUCCCUUCCGCUCGUCGCCUUCCCUUCCGCCCGUCGCACUCAUUCCGCCCGUCGCACUCCCUUCGCCAGCCGCCCUUCCUUCCCCUUGCGCGCUCUCUUCCGCCCGCCGCCCUUCCUUCCCCUCGUCGCGCUCCCUUCCGCCCGCCGCCCUUCCUUCCCCUCGUCGCGCUCCCUUCCGCCCGCUGCCCUUCCUUCCCCACGUCGCACUCCCUUCGCCCGCCGCCCUUCCUUCCCCUCGUCGCGCUCCCUUCCGCCCGCCGCCCUUCCUUCCCCUCGUCGCGCUCCCUUCCGCCCGCCGCCCUUCCUUCCCCACGUCGCACUCCCUUCGCCUGCCGCCCUUCCUUCCCCUCGUCGCGCUCCCUUCCGCCCGCCGCCCUUCCUUCCCCUCGUCGCGCUCCUUUCCGCCCGCCGCCCUUCCUUCCCCUCGUCGCGCUCCAUUCCGCCCGUUGCCCCCCUUCGUCUCGUCGACCUCCUUCCCGCUCGUCCCCUCGCAAUCUCCCGCUCUCUCGCCCUCCCAUCCACUCCACGUUGCCAUCGCCAUCCCUCCCUUCCCUGCUUCCCCCAAUCCCCUUCCCUGCUUCCCCCCAUCCCGUUCCCUGCUUCCCCCCAUCCCCUUCCCUGCUUCCCCCAAUCCCCUUCCCUGCUCCCCCCAUCCCGUCCCCUGCUUCCCCCCAUCCCCUUCCCUACUUCCCCCCAUCCCCUUCCCUGCUUCCCCCAAUCCCCUUCUCUGCUUCCCCCCAUCCCCUUCUCUGCUUCCCCCCAUCCCCUUCUCUGCUUCCCCCCAUCCCGUUCCCUGCUUCCCCCCAUCCCCUUCUCUACUUCCCCCCAUCCCGUUCCCUGCUUCCCCCCAUUCCCUACCUUGUUUCCCCCAAUCCCCUUCUCAACUUCCCCCCAUUCCCUUCUCUGCUUCCCCCCAUCCCGUUCCCUGCUUCCCCCCAUCCCGUUCCCUGCUUCCCCCCAUCCCGUGCAAUGCUUCCCUCCAUCCCCUUCCCUGCUCCCCCACACUCCUUCCCUCACGCACUCAUUUCUCCCCACCCUCUCUCAUUCCUUCCCAUCCUUUCUCAUGCAACUCACCUCCUCCCUCACCUUCCUCAUAACAUAUUACCUGCCUUCUCCCCCAGACUCCACCCACCUGCCCUCCCCAUCCCUGCCUUUCCCUCCUGCCCUGUCCUUCCCUUCCCCAUCCCUUCUCAAACCUUCCCUUCCCUAUCCCUUCCUUUUCAUGCCCUCCCCUUCCCCCUCACUCCUCACCAACUGCCCUGUUGUUCCCAUGCGUAUGCACCCAUCUAUUUCCCCAAACAUGCUUUCAUCAUUCCCCAUGUGCCCUUCCCUGCUCCACCGCAUUCCGCCUCCCUCUUCCUCCCUCUCUCCACUCCAUGCCCUUUCUCCCUCCCUUUCCCCCUCUCCCUUCAAUGCCCUCUAUGUGCUAUCACCCCUUCUCUGUGUUAUGCCACCCCUCUACGUGUUAUAACUCCCCUCCCUGUCCUAUCCCCCACCCCGCCCUGUCCUAUCCCCCACCCCGCCCUGUCCUAUCCCCCACCCCGCCCUGUCCUAUCUCCCACCCCGCCCUGUCCCAUCCCUCACCCCGCCCUGUCCUAUCCUUCACCCCGCCCUGUCCUAUCCCCCACCCCGCCCUGUCCUAUCCAUCACCCCUCACCAUCCCAGGCAAGCAUGACAAAGGCCCCGCCUCCCCUUGCUCCUGCUUUCAGCAUCUCAAAGGCCCAGACGAGCCACAUUGCAUAA